UUGGCUUAAGAACUUAUAUACGUUUUGCGUUGUAAACUAGAAAUAGGGAUUAAAACUGGGGAUAUUUGUCGAAAUAAUGUCUUGUGGCCGGUAAUCUACUACAAGGAACGUGUGGAAACUACGAAAUUUCAUCAUAUUACGUGAUUACAGACACUUACUACAAAUAUGGCCCAUCAGCUAUUAUAUUCGACAAGUAAAUUAGAAAGAUUUGUUCUGAACUCCGUUUACAAAAAUGCCAAUAUAUUUCAGUUAAGAAGAUAUUUAUCAUCGAUAAGAAAUAGCAACGAAACAAGUACAUUGGAACAUUUACGAAAUCAAUGGAGAUUACUAUGCAAUGAGCCACCAAAAGGAUUUGAAAAAUUUUUUAAACCAAAAAAAGAUUCUGGUAAAACGACUGAAAAGAUUACUGAGAAAGCUAAACAAGGACAAUCCAAGGAAGCUUCUCAAUCGCAAUCAUCUAGAGCAGAAUCUCAAAAAUCUAGUAUGCAUUCUGCGAGUAGUGAUAAACGUACAUUUUCAUGGGAGUUUAAAUGGAAUGGAGGCAAUAAAUCAUUUGGAGAUAAAAAGAACGAAAAAUUACUUCUUCUUGGUGUUGCAUUAAUGGGAUUGUUUUACUUGUACUUGCAACAAUUAUCGAAUCAAGCUACAGAAAUUACAUGGAAAGAAUUUGUAACAAAAUAUUUAGAUAAAGGAGUAGUGGAUAAAGUGGAAGUUAUCAAUAAACAGUGGGUCCGUGUCAAAUUAUUACCUGGGAAUUUUGUGAAUGGACAAGAUACUUUAUGGUUCAACAUUGGUAGUGUUGAAACUUUUGAAAGAAAUUUGGAGAAUGCACAAAUUGAAUUAAAUAUAGAGCCACAAAAUUAUAUAUUAGUACAGUACAAGGAUGAGCUAGAAUUAUAUCAUGUUUUAAAAGUUUUACCACAGGUGCUUAUGUAUGGAGCCAUAUUUUAUGUAUUCCGUAAAUCAGCAGAAUCACUUGGUAAGGGAAGGAAAGGUGGCCUUUUUGGAGCGUUAAUGGAAUCAACUGCAAAAAUGGUUAAUUCCAAAGAUAUUGGUGUAAGAUUUAAGGAUGUUGCUGGGUGUGAAGAAGCUAAGAUUGAAAUUAUGGAGUUUGUAAAUUUUUUAAAAAAUCCACAACAAUAUAUAGAGCUUGGUGCUAAGAUACCUAAGGGUGCAAUGCUGACGGGUCCACCGGGUACUGGUAAAACGUUAUUAGCUAAAGCUACAGCUGGUGAAGCAAAUGUACCUUUUAUUAGUGUAUCAGGUUCUGAGUUUUUGGAAAUGUUUGUUGGUGUUGGUCCAUCAAGAGUUCGAGAUAUGUUUGCAUUGGCACGGAAACAUGCUCCGUGUAUAUUAUUUAUUGAUGAGAUCGAUGCCGUUGGAAGAAAAAGGGGAGGCCGAAACUUUGGCGGUCAUUCGGAACAAGAAAAUACACUUAAUCAACUUCUAGUUGAAAUGGAUGGUUUCAAUACAACUACUAAUGUAGUUGUAUUAGCGGCAACUAAUAGAAUAGAUAUUUUAGAUAAAGCUUUGUUGCGACCUGGAAGGUUUGAUAGACAAAUUUUCGUUCCUGCUCCAGACAUUAAAGGUCGAGCUUCUAUCUUUAAAGUACACUUGAAACCUUUAAAAAUCACAAUGGAUAAAGACCAAUUAGCCAGAAAAAUGGCUUCCUUAACGCCUGGUUUUACAGGAGCUGAUAUUGCUAAUGUUUGUAACGAAGCGGCUUUAAUAGCAGCCAGAGACUUGAGCGAUAAUAUUUACUUAAAACAUUUUGAACAGGCCAUUGAAAGAGUUAUUGCAGGCAUGGAAAAAAAGACGAAUGUCUUGCAACCUGAAGAAAAAAAGACGGUUGCCUAUCAUGAAGCAGGCCAUGCAGUAGCAGGCUGGUUUUUGAGAUAUGCGGAUCCAUUAUUGAAGGUCUCCAUAAUUCCUCGAGGAAAAGGUUUAGGUUAUGCACAAUAUUUACCUCAUGAACAAUAUCUUUAUACAAAAGAACAAUUGUUUGACAGAAUGUGUAUGGCACUUGGAGGCCGAGUGUCGGAAGAAAUAUUUUUUGGUCGUAUUACAACAGGAGCGCAAGAUGACCUACAAAAAGUAACUGCAAAUGCAUAUGCUCAAGUCAUUCAGUAUGGUAUGAACGAAAAAGUUGGUAAUGUGAGUUUUCAAAUGCCACAGCAAGGCGAAAUGACUUUCGAUAAACCAUAUUCUGAACACACUGCACAGCUUAUCGAUACUGAAGUACGUGAAUUAAUUGAACGAGCCCAUACUCACACACGUGAUUUACUUAUAAAACAUAAGGAGAAUGUAUCUAAGGUGGCCGAACGUUUGUUAAAGCAAGAAAUUUUAAGUAGAGACGAUAUGAUAGAGUUACUAGGUCCUAGGCCCUUCCCUGAAAAGUCAACUUACGAACAGUUUGUGGAAGGUACGGGAUCGUUCGAAGAGGACACCAGUUUACCUAAAGGUUUACAGGAAUGGAAUAAAUCGAAGGAUGAGAAAAAGGGUGAAAGUACAGAUACCCCACCGCAACCAGUUUCAGGAAUGAGUUCUCAAAAUCAACCGCAACAGCGAUUAUAAACCAUACUAUUAUGGAUUAUAGCCUAUUAAGUACUUUGUAUUAUAGUUUGAAAUACGUGUAAUAAGUAGCGAUACACGAAUAUACACUCGAAUGCAUUGGUUAUAAAUGAUAAUAUAAUUUACAAUCUGCGAAGCUUUUAAAUAUCAAUGAAAUUAAAUACCGUUUUGCAAAAAAAGACUUCCAUAUCGGUUUGAUCCACUGUAUAACAAUGCCCUUUUGUAACAAAAACUAAGUUGUGUACAAAAAGCGUGACAAUGAAUAUAAAUUAUUAAAAAACUUUUCUUAUAA